CCACGUAGCUUAGUUUCCUCCUACUUAACACCCCCAAUCUUUCAGCUUCUUCAACCACAAAUUAGCUGAUUUCAUUCUCCUUCAAAACAACUCAGUCCAUCGCAUUCCCCAGCAAACUUCUAUCUCUCAUAUCUCAAUUUCAAGAACUCUCACAAUCGCUCCAGAAUACCUGCAAGUAUUUAUAAUCUACCAAAUCAACAGUUCUUCCACAACCCAUUCUCGGCCAUAAAUUCAAGAAACCGAAAUUAUUUUCACAUAGAUUGAGCAGCUGGUGGUGAUGUGCGAGGCUGAGGAAAGGUUGUUGAUGUAAUAUUGGAGAACACUCUGUUUUACUUCUGCUGGAAUAAAUUCACUUGGGAAUACUAUAUAUAAAACCCCAGAAGUGAUGUUAUGAAAUAGCAAAGUUUUUUAUAUUAGAAAUUCCCAAAGAAGAGAGAGGAAAUGGGGGAAAGUUUUCCAAUGAAAGGUGGAGAUGGUGCUCACAGUUACGCCAAAAACUCCCAAUAUCAGAAAGAAGCGUCGGAUUCGGUGAAGGAAAUGAUCCGAGAAGUAGUGGUUGAGAAACUAGACACAGAAUCAAUGUCGAGCAGAGUGACGAUAGCAGAUUUGGGGUGUUCGGUUGGGCCGAACACAUUCUUCGCAGUUGAGAAUCUGAUGGAAGCAGUUCAGACCAAGUCUUGUUCGAAAAACAAGGUGGAAUUCCAAGUAUUCUUCAACGAUCACUCAGCCAAUGAUUUCAACACGCUCUUCGCCUCCCUCCCACCGGGCAGGCAGUACCACGCAGCCGGGGUGCCCGGCUCGUUCCACGGCCGCCUGUUCCCACGCAACUCCAUCACUCUGGCGCACUCCUCCUACGCUCUGCAGUGGCUUUCCAAGCCGCCUCAAGGGGUGCGAAACGAGGGCAGAAUUCACGGCUUGGGCGCGCCUGAGGAGGUGGGCAGGGCCUACUCGGAUCAGUUUGAGAAGGAUUUGGGAGAUUUCAUGAGUGCAAGAGCAGAGGAGAUAGUGAGUGGAGGGCUCAUGUUUCUCCUCAUUCCUGCAGCUCCUGAGGGGGUCUCCCAGACUGACCCCACGGUCAUCUUCGAUUUCUAUGGCUAUACGCUAAUGGAUUUAGCCAAGGAGGGAGUUGUGGAGAAAAGCGCCAUAGACGCGUUCAACUUGCCCAUCCAUAUGGCCACAAUAGGGGAGGUGCGGAAAGUGGUGGAGAAGAAUGGGAGUUUUAGCAUGGAGAGAAUAGAGCUGAGCAAGGGCAAGGCGAGGAAUGAGGAAGCGCUUGAUGCAGCUAACGUGUUGGCGCACAUGAGAGCUGGAAUGGAGGGAGUUUUCAGCGCGCACUUUGGAGCUUCCGUCGCUCACAAAAUGUUCACCAAUGUUUUACGAAAGGCUCCACAAAUUUCAGAAUGCUUCCAAGCUCUCCAUAAUACUCCUAAUCAGAUCUUUCUUGUGCUCACCCGCAAAUAAUUCAUCUUUACUUUGAAUUUCUGCAUCAAUAAAUAUUGUUCAUUCCCAUUUUACUCCCAUACCAAUGGAUGAUUAAGUCCGGAUUACUAAAUAUUGUUUAUCAUAUGUAUCAUGUUUGUCAUUUUCUAGUCACAAAACUGAAAAGGUAUACAAUUUCAUGAAUAUAUUGGAGAAA